UAUCAUCUGGGUGUGACAUUUUCUCACGGAGAGACUUCCUAUGUAGUUUCUUUUUUCUUGAAACAGCAUGAAGAUGUUGAGCCUACAAAGCUUGAUGCUCAUCCUGUGCAUCGCUCUGAGCUUUGUCACCAGAACAGCACAGCUGAUCAUUGCACUUGGAUAUGAGGGACAUGCAGUUGAUAUUUCUUGUUCCUACCCUGCUGGUUAUGAAUCCUAUGAGAAGUACCUGUGCAGGGACAACUGCGACGAUAAUGAUGUUCUUAUUAAGACGACAGGACCAAAGAAAAACAAAUACUCCAUCACUGAUGACAAACAGAAACGAGUCUUCACUACAACCAUCUCUGGUCUGACCAGUAACGAUGCUGGGAAGUACUGGUGUGGGGUGACCAAGACUGGUAAGGAUUUGUUCUCAGAGGUGAAGCUGGAAGUUGGAAAAGACAGCUGCUGUGAUCAGUCGACCCAACAUCAAAGCUACGAGGAAAGCUCGGUGUCCUUCAGUUGUCCAUACGAGCCUAAGGAUCAGAAGAACCUGAAGUACAUCUGCAGAGGAAGGCAGACCUCCACGUGUCUGCAGCAGGCACUGAUCACAUCUAACAACAACCAACAGGGACGGUUCAAUCUCACCGAUAACAAGCGGUCCAACGAGUUCACAGUCAGCAUUGCAAGUCUGAUCCUAAAGGAUGCUGGGUCGUACCUCUGCGGUGUCCAAAGAAACAACAACCUGGAUGUUUUCACUGCUGUUGAUCUGGAAGUCAAAGAGUGGUGCUGCGUGAGAUCCAGUCAGCUGAGCGGCACUGUGGGACGUCCGGUUACCUUACAGUGUCUCCAUCCACCACAGCACAGGGAUAACAGGAAGUUCAUCUGCAAGGGAGACCAACGUGCAACCUGCACAGACAUGAUGAGCGACAGCAGGUUCUCACUGCAGGAAAAUGUCACUUCAAGCUUUUUCUUGGUGAGGGUCAGAGAGAUUAAAGCAGAGGAUACUGGGACAUACUGGUGUGGUUCAGACCCACAGUGGAAGGUGGCAAACUACACCAAGAUUCAGCUGUCAGUAGACUUUCCACAUCUGACCGCCAUAGUGGUGAACCCUGAUGGGUCAAAACCAGCAUCUCCCACUGACAGAAAUGUCACAGCACACUUCCUCUCUGUGGGAGUCGCGGUGCCCACUGUGUGUGUCUUUCUGCUGCUCGCUCUAACCUUUUCCUCAGUCAUGAUUUGCAGAUACAAGUGUCGCAAAGUUAAAGGAGCUGAAGUCAGUGGGAAAAGGAACCAAACCAAGAAAGCAGAAGCAGAUGAGGUGAUCAGUGUGGCAGAUGAUUAUGAGAAUAGUGAUGUGAUUGUGCGCUCAAAGCAGAGGACCUCCAGACCGCUCAGCCCCCAACACCAGAAUGAGGACGACUCAGUGUACCAGAACUUUUCGACAGACGAGAUCUACUGUAACCAGAUGUAUGCUGCAUCCAAGAGAUGAGUCAUAACCUGUUGAUUCAUCUCUGGGCACUUUUGUAAAUAACAUAUCCUUUUUAUAUUGUCUCCAUUAGCAGCAGCACAUAUUCCUGGGUCAGUGUUGUCCAAACUUUGUCUUGUCUUACCUUCAUGUCGGACAAAAUGAUCAGGAUUUGAACGACAGAACCACGUGUAAACAAAAUCUUACAUGCUCUUUAUAGCCAAGGACACAGGAUAUGUCUCUAACAGAGCUAGAGCACAGCACGCUAAGUUCCAGGGUGUUUUACUGAUGUGAAACUGAAUUGUAAAAUUAAAUAUAUCAUUCAUGUACAUACAGUUUCCAGACUUAAUACUCUGCUUUCUCUCUGUUACAAUAUAACAUAUCCUUACCUCUCUGACCACGUGUCUGGGAAAGGGCUUACAAAUCAAACUUUUAACAUUGCUGUGCAGAAGUGCUUUAAAAGAAAAAUUUGAUUUUCCGACACAUAUUUCAGCUCAGGCUCCUCUUUCCAAAUCUUAAAAUGCUUCAUAUAAUGAAAUAAAUCUGUGCUAAGUUUCUUUGGUUGUUUGUGUCUCAACAAAGACUGAAUCUGUAACUCAAUCAUUUCUGUAAUGUGGAUCUUCAAAAAAUCAAGUGCACAGUUACUCCACCAGGAUGUCAUCUGAUCUUCACACUGCUCUCUUUAAGACCAUGUGAGAUCAGUUAACUGAACAUUAUAUCAAUAAAAUCUGACAUUAAAAAUCAU